GCGCUUCCGUGCUGCGGUCUGUGCUUGUCUCCUGCUUUUCUGAGAGUCCUUAUCACCCAUCAGGCUUGCAUAACCAGGCUGGCCCUGCUUCCUGUGAAGGAGCUAUCAGUGUACCAUCUGGGGCUGCAAAAAUGGGGUGACAGGGCGUCAGCAGGUGCUUCCUCGCACCCAGCCCCCUGCACUGGGAGCCCCACCCCGGGGUGCUGUCCCCUGCAGGGCUCCUCGGGACAGGCCUGUGGCCACAGUGUGGGAGGUGCUGGCGGGCGCGUGGACACCCGCUGCCUUUCCUCUGCUGUCCUGGGGCAGAGCCCUGGGGUCAGCUCCCCGCCCCUCGUGGCUCUGGUGGGAACUCAGCGUGGAUGAUACACCCUGCACAGUUGGCCCAGGUGUGACGCCAGGGGCUCCAGCAGAUCCGCCCUUCGGUUGUCGUCCACAACUGUGUUCCCCCAACCCUGCCUCCCCUGCAGGAGGGACCUGGGGCCCAGGCUCGGAGCGUUGCCUGCUGGACAGACCUGCACACGUGGCUGAUUCAGACCCGGGAGGCCUGAGCUUGAGCUCCGGCGGGUGCCGCUCCCCUGCGGUGCUCGGCCUCCUUCACGGGAUGGGAUGAGGGAGUGGGUGGUGGCUUGCUUGACGCGCCCUCCCCACAGUGCCGCCUCGGGGGGCCGGUGCUCUCAGCACAGCCCCUCAGCCCAGCCUCUUCCAGGUUGGACCUUGCAGAGCGAAGUUCUGAUGCGAGAGGCAGGCACCUGCUUCCUGCUCUGCGCCUGUGUCUGCGCCUGGCUCGGCCUGGGGGUCCCCGUCCUGGGGGACAGAGGAGGGCCGGGGCCUGGGGCUUUCACCUGCCACAAUAACAACAUCCUCAGGAUUGAGUGCCGCUGGCCUGGCCCAGCGCCGGGCCAGGGGGCUGGCUCCUGGCUGCUCUUCACCAGCAACGUUGUGCCGGGCAGCAAGCACAAGUGUGUCUUCUGGGCUGACGUGUGCACCGUGGAGCUGCCGCCUGAGGAGGUUCUCGUGCCUGCUGACAACUUCACCAUCACCUUCCACCGCCACAUCUCUGGGAAGGAGCAGGUCAGCCUGGUGGAUCCACAGUAUCUGCCCCGGAGACACGUGAAGCUGGACCCCCCCUCGGACUUGCAGAGCAACGUCAGCUCUGAGCACUGUGUCCUGACCUGGAGCGUCAAUCCUGCUCUGGAGCCACUAGCCAUGCUCCUCAGCUAUGAGCUGGCCUUCAAGAGGCAGGAGGAAGCCUGGGAGUGGGCUCGGCACAAGGAUCACAUCGUUGGGGUGACCUGGCUCAAACUUGAAGCCGCCGAGCUGGACUCCGGUUCUGCCUAUGAGGCCCGGCUGCGCGUCCAGAUGGCCGCCCUGGAGGGCGAGGUGGCGGAGGAGGAGCGAUACGAGGGCGUGUGGAGUGACUGGAGCCAGCCUGCCUGCUUUGCCGCCCCCCGCAGACGAGGUCGCCUGGUCCCUGCUCUGGGGCAAUCCAGUAGCACCCUGGUCGCCGUGUGCCUCUUCCUCCUGCUGAGCAGCCUGAUCUACUUACUGUUCAAACUGUCGCCCAGGAUGAAGACAGCCUUGUACCAGGAUGUGCCAUCCCCAGGCCCAUUCUUCCAGCCUCUGUACAGCGUGCACAACGGGGACUUCCAGACCUGGAUAGGGGCCCGCGGAGCCAGCCCCCAGGCAGGCUGGGACCAUGCCGGCCCCCCACGAGGAGCCCUCCUGGAAGCCCAUGUCCGGGAGGCCGUCGCUUUGCUGCACUGUGACCCAGCAGACGCCUGGCCGUCGGCGGGCCUGGAGGAGGAGGGCGGCCCUGGGCCUGGCCUCCCAGCAGGUGUGCUGCCAGCAGGACGCGUGGAGUGGGGGGAGCCGUCGCCCGCCUACCUGCCGCAGGAGGACUGGGCCCCUGCGGGCUGCCCCCAGCCGGUGCCCCCCCAGUGCGAGGGCAGCAGCGGCGACUACUGCGCCCUGGACUGCUCUGCGGGGAGCUGACCUCCGCCUUCCCGGGAAGCGUGUGGAGCUCUGAGCCGCCCCCCUCCCCACCGGUGGCAUUUUCUGUGACCGGUCAAGCCUGGAUUCCCAGACGGAAGGUGCUGUGUGGACAUGCCCGUGGUGCUGCGGCUUGUGGACCAGCGGCCCGGGAGCUGACCUUUGACUGGCACUGGACCGCCUGCGCAGGGCCACCCAUGCGGUGGUCAGGUGUCAGGUCUGGGUGGAGGCAGGCGGGCUCUUUCCCGCACCCCACACCUGUGGGCCUGGGCCUCUGCCCUCAGCGUCCUGCCAUCCUGGCCCCCAUCCACCACUUCCCUCCCUGCUUCCGGGCUUAACCCCAGGCACCUCGGAGAAGCGAGGUGCUGGCCCCACAGCCUGUUCUGUCCUCCGCCCCUUAAGAGGCCAGUCUGGCGAUGAGGCUGAGGGUCCGCUUUCUGUGCCUCCCUGGGCUUCCUCCCCUACUGAGAUUAAAAGGGAUGGAUGGCCAUUUCAAAUUGCUGAUGGCUGCGGGGCGGGUCCAGAAGACAUAGACAGGAGCUGGGCUCUGCUGCCUGGGACUUCUGGGGGUGCUCAGUGACCAGCUCAGGGAGGCCCCCCCUGCUCCUCCUCGUCCUCAUCCUCCCAGGGGCCUCAGGAAGCUAUGAGCUGUGGCCGGAGCCCCGAGGGUCAGGGCCAGAAGGGACCAUCUGCCAUGGCCUAGGUCUGUGAAGGGCCCUGCCUGUCGCCUCCCCCAUGGUCUGGCGAGCGGGGGGCAGGGCAGAGGAGGCCUGUCUGUGUCCGGUGCUGUUGUAGCAGCGUACCGUAAGCUGGGUGGCUUAGAACAGCAGAAGUUGGUGGUCCUGCAGUUCUGGGGGCCGGAAGUGUGGAAUCACGGUGUUGGCGGGGCCGCAGGGGUGCCAGCGAGGGCCUGACUCAGGCUGUGUCUGGCUUGGGUGAUUCCUGGCUUGAGGCCGCACAGCUCCAGGCUCACAAAGGCCCUGCCUUGUAUCCAGAGCCCCUCUCUAUACCAGUGUCGUCACAGUGGAUCAGGGCUGACCUGAAAGACUUGCUCUAUUUUGGCUGAAUUAUGGGCUGAGACCCUGUUUCUAUAAAAGGUCACGUUAGCAGGUGCUGGGGUAGGACUUCCCUUUUCUGGGCAGUGUCCCUGCCUCUGCCAGACGUCUCUGGAUUCCUGCUGGCCCACGGGCCCCGGGGUGCCUCCAGGGCCUCCCUAGCGCUCUCCCUGGGCUUCACACACAGACCCUGUCCCUCCUGGCUGCGGGACUUGGGUCUGGCACUGGGGUCCCCUGUUUAGUGAGGGCUGGGCCGGACCUGCCCUGAGGUUGGAGGUGCUGACGUAUUGCAGGUGGGGUAGAUGGAGGCCUGUCUCCUGGGUGCUGGGCUGGAGAGGCAUCUCCCUGUGGUCUGAGCAUAGAGAAGCAAAGCCUCCCUAGGUCCUGAAGGCACAGGUCCCUCUGGCUCAGACAGGCCCCCCACCGCACCCCACUGCAUGCUGUGGAGCCCUGAGGUUUGCGGAGAGCCACAGGUGGGCCCAGGCAGGACCCUGAGUGUAUCUUUAGUUUCCAGAGAGUGGAGGUGUGUGGACGGAAGUGAGGCGCAGGCAUACUGCUCUAACCAAGGAUAAAAAUACCAGCAUGAAUCCACUUCCUGGAGCCGGCCCUGGGGAGCCCCAGGCCAGUGUAUUUAUAACAGCAUCUGUGUGGCUUCUGCAGCUCACGUGGACCUGAGCCCCGCAGGACUGGACGGCUGGGCACGGUGUUCAUUUGACUCACACACUUGGUCCUGCUUUUGCCUGAGUGAGCAGCCGCUUUUAGAGGCUGGUGGUUGUAGGUGGGCCACGCCUGCGUCUCAGGACGACCUGAGCCAGCUGCUUAUACACAGCGAGGCUCAGGAAACACUCAUUUCCACCUAUUCUGGGGAGACGACCCUUGGCAACUGCACACUGAGACCCCGUGAGCCCCGGUGCAGGGUCGCGGAUCCCCAUGUGCCUGUGAAGGAGGCAGGAAAGGUGGCCUGGGACUUGACGAGGGAGCUGCUGGAGGGAGGGGCUGAGUGACAGCGUGGCCGGGGCGCGAGCAUCCGAAGGGUGGCUGGCCGGGCCCCGCAGCAGCCGGGCCGCGGACAGCCCCGGAGGCUCGGCUGAGGCGGGGGCUGCCCCGGGGCUCAGGGCGCUCUCUCUGGCUGUCGCUGCGGUAGGGUUCACAUAGGAUGAAGCUCACUGCUAAGUGUGUGCUGCAGUGGCAUUCAGUGUCGUCUGGUGUGCAGCUGGCCUCUGUCUACUUGCACUCUGAAGGGAAACCCCCGAAGCGCCCCCUCUCCAGCCUCCUGUGGCCCCUGGCCCCACGAGUCCACCUUCUGUCUUAUGAUUUACCUGCUGAGGAUGUUUCCUACAAAUGGCGUUUAGAACACGGCCUUCAGUGUCCUUUUUUUCCCUCCUACAGCAGUGGUUCUGACGUCUGUCCACAUUGUAGUGGACAGGCUUUGGACAGACUGCGUGCUUGUCCUUAGACAGAUGUUUGGGUGAUUUCCGCCUUUGCACUCUUGGGAACUGUGCUGCUCUGAAAGUUACUGUAUAAGUUUUUGUUUGAAUACCUGUUUCCAAUUCUUUGUGUAUAUUCCUAGGUUUAGGCUUGCUAGAUUAUGUGUUAACUCUGUGUUCAUCUUUUUGAAGAACUGCCAAACUGUUCUCCUCAGUGGCUGCAACAUCACAUUCUCAUUGGCAGUGGACUAGGGCUCCCCGUUCUGCAUGGUUUUCCCAGCUCUUGAUAGUGUCCUUCCUUUUUCAUUUCUCUCUUUUCCUGUUCUGAAUUAAGUUGUUUUGAUACCAGCCAUUCUAAUGGAUGUGAAGUGGUACCACAUGGUGGUUUUUGUGUAUCCUUGACGGCUAAUGAUGCUGAACAGCUUCUCAUGCUGUUUGUGCAUCUUAUUUGGAGAAAAGUCUGCUUGAGUCCUUUGCCCAUUUUAAAUUUGGGUUGUUUAUCCCUUUGUAGCUGAGUUGUAAGAGCUCUCUGUAUAUUCUGGAUACAAGAUGCUUAUCAGACUUGUGAUUAGCAAACAUUUUUUUCUAUUCUGUAGGUUCUUUUUUUUACUUUCUUGAGAGUAUCCUUUGAAGCACAGAAGCUUCAAGUAUCUGUGAAGUGCAGUUCUGCCUGUGUUUUUGCUGCCAUACCCAAGAAGUCGUUGCUAAACCUGGUGCCAGUAAACACGUGAAAAGAUGUUCAGCAUCACUAGCCAUCAAGGGAGUGGAAAAACCACAGUGAGA